UGGUGGAAGAAGCUAAAUUUAUUUCUUAACUUUUCUUAAAUUGAGUUGGAAGGUAAAAAGUGAGUUAAAAGCUGGACACUAAUUUCUAAACCAGCAGUUUUCUAGAAGGCAGGCUGUGUACUGUCUCUUUAAGGGACUUUUUAAUACUUUUUUUUUUUAACGGAAAAUGAUUCCCUGUUAGUUUUAAGAGUAAACCAAUAAACACAGAAAAAGUCACAUUAAGAAACACUCAAAGGUGACCCAUGUUCGCAAAAGCCCAGCAAAGAACCAGUGCUGUAUGCUCGUGUGCUCUCUGCGUACAGCCAGCCCUCGCUGCCCACCUCGGCGCUGAGCUGGGCCACUGCGUCAACAGGUGAAGAAAACGCCAAGGACGCGUCCCAGGCUCCUCCUGCUCGUGAAAUGCACUUUAUGGCUCUGCCGAGCCAUGUCCUGAUGAUUGACAUGCCCUGUGCCUGCAGGGACACUGACAGCCGUGCGAACACAUUCUGGAGGCUGCGAGGACCCCAUCCUUUGCAACCACAUCACCCUCAUCCUGCUGACGUAUAAGCAGGCAAUUUCAGACACUGUCUUCCCCGUAGCCGAGUUAUGCCCUCCGCAGACACGCAGCCCGUGCACAGAGCUGUCCCCCCUCCAUGACAACAUGAAGUUCAAAGUCUGGAUCGGUGCAUUUUCUCAUUUUCCAGUCAAAGGAGGACACGGCGACAGAGCUUCAAGCAGGAAGGGGCAAAUCCCUGCUCUGGGAUAAUCUGGGAUAAACUUCCUACAGCUUGAAACAGUGUUGUGAACACACAGAAAGUUGAAAGGGAAAAGGUAGUAUUUUUGGCUGAAGGUAGUAUUUUUGGCUGAAGGUCUUUACAGCUGAUGCAGGAACUCUCUCAUUAGUUACUCAUUGCCUUGCAAGACUCAUAAAACAGCCAGCAGAGCCCAGCAAAUAGUUUUCUUCAGUGUCCUGGGAGCUCAGAAAUCCAGGAAUUGAACGAGGCCUUGAACUCAUUUUAUGAACUCAUUUCUUACUAAGCGACCAUAAAAUAUUAAAAUUCAGACCUUAUAAAUAAGGAAGGGAAAGAGCUGUGCAUUUCUUGGCAGAAGCAGCCUAUCCAGAGACUCUUCCCAAGGUAAGUCCGGUGCUACACGUCCCAGAGAUGGGUUCCCCUGAUAGACAGUUGACUGGCGACAAUGAACUUAUGCAACAGAGAUUAGAGAUGUAAAACCCUUUGACUCUGCUCUGCACUGGAAAAGGUCCUGCAACAAACCCACUUAGUUUAUUCCAUGGUGACCCUGUCCCUGUCUGCGAGGGCUCUCUCUCCCCGGGGUGUCUGAGGGCAGCAAGCAAUUAACCCCUAGCGAGCCCCGAGCAGGGGCAGCAACGCUGUGACCCUCUCUCCAACAGGCACCAGCUGGGCUCCUCCGAGAUGGCGCAGAGAAGCAGCCUUGCAGUCCCCUACGAAGUUCCUGUCCUUGCCGUUUGCUUUUUGGCAUGCAUAGCCACAGGUUUGGAACUGUCUGUAAAUAACCACGCUGCUGACUUCUAUCUGUCUACACCACCUGUCCCUUCCGUCUCCCUCUCCUGCCUAGUAGGGAACAGCAGCCAGGCUGAGGAGCUGCUCUGGUACCGAGGAGAUGGGAAAGUGGAUCUGAAAGACGGGAAUAAAGUGAACGUCAGUAACAUCUGUGUAUCCCCAGUCACUGAGUCCGACAACAGAGUCACCUUCACGUGCAGGCUGGCACGGGACAAGUCUGUCAACGUGUCUGUGAUCCUGGAUGUCCAGUUUCCUCCCGGGCUGACUGGAGAAGAGUCCCUCCAAAUUGAAGAAGGCAAAGAUGUUACUCUGAGCUGCAAUGCCAAAUCCAACCCUCAAGCCCUAACAACUUGGUAUAAGAACAACACCACCUUGACCCUAGAGCAAAAUCGUUACCAGCUGUACCAGACUAGCGAGGUCUCUCAGCUCACUAUCCAGAAAGUACAGAAGUCUGACAACGGGACCUACACCUGUGUGGUGAAAUCGAGUUUGGGAGAGGGGAGAAAGGAUUUCCACCUGAUAGUUGAAGAUAAAAAACCUGUUUUCCCCAAGGAGGCUGUUAUUGCUGCUGUCGUGGUGGUUACACUCACGGUACUUUUUGGAAUUGUGGCUCGAAAAGAUAAAAUUUUUAAGUGCUUCAAAAAAUCAAGUGAAACAGCACUGUGAAGACCACAAGGUUCCUGUGCAUACCCAGAAGAUAUCAUUUCUAGUGGUGGAACAUAAGCCCUUGUGGGAGAUGAUGAGAUAAAGC